AUGAAUAGCAUAAAAAAGGACAACAAGAAGUAUACAAUGGCCUUGUCAGUCCGCCUGUGCAUCCUUAUAGUGUUGACUCUGUUUUCAUGCCAAGUGUCACCCGUCCAGUAUCAUACCCUAGAUACACCUUUAGGAAAAGUAACUGGCCGACAAGUAAGUGUUGGGACAGAAGGUACAGUCUAUGAAUUCCUCAAAAUUCCGUAUGCAAAGCCACCAGUGAGAGAACUACGGUUCAAGAAGCCGGUACCCGUAGAAAGGUGGAGCAGCAUACUUGACAGCACUGAACACGGACCGUCCUGCAUACAAGACAUUCCCACACAUUUGAAGGUUGUCCUCACAAACAAGGAUAUUUCGGAGGACUGUCUACAUCUCAAUGUGUACACCUCUGGAGGGUUCGCUCCGACAACUAACAAAAGUGUUAUGGUAUUUUUUCAUGGUGGUGGAUACGUAAAUGGCCAGGCCCAAUUAUACGAUGGCUCAGGGCUGGCUUUGGAUGGUGACGUAAUUGUGGUUGCCGCGAAUUACCGACUUGGUGUUCUUGGUUUCUUCAGCACAGGUGAUCCUGUAGCCAGAGGAAACUAUGGUCUUUGGGAUCAAAUCGAGGCACUUAAAUGGGUGAAAAAUAAUAUAAGAUCUUAUGGUGGAAAUCCAAAUUCUGUCACGAUCUUCGGUGAAUCCGCUGGAGGGUUUAGUGUCUCACUUCUCUCGCUCAUACCAGAGAACAAAGGUUUGUUCCAUCGAGUGAUCAUGCAGAGCGGUACAUAUAACUCUUCCUAUGCACUCAGAAGAAAUCCGAAAGGCUUUGCCAUCACCUUUAGCUUCUUGGCUAAAUGUAAAAAUUUAAUAUCCUCACAACUCAUGCUUGAUUGUGUCCGGAAUAUUCCAACUGAUCGUAUCUUGCAAGCACAGAAAAGCGCAAUUAAUGUAGGAUAUCUUGCCGCUGAUAGUUUAUUCACUCCGCCACUAGCCCCCGUCAUUGAUGGUGACCUUAUUAAAACUAACCCUGCCGUGGCUGUGACGAACACCUCUUCUGACGUGUACAAGUUUUUCCAGUCUCUGGACAUAAUUGCUGGCUGUGUCAGUGCAGAAGGAUCUCUGAUCCCGAGCUUUUUGUUGCCACCUAUGGAAGAUAUUUACUCCUUUAAUACUAGUGAAGGUGUACCAAUAUCUUUAUUUCGUACCUAUUUUGCCCGCGUUGUUACGGAAAACAUAUACAAUAACCAUAGCAAUGUUCGAAAGGCAAUUGUCGACAAGUAUGGUUCAAGUGACAAAAGAGUCCAAGGAAGAAAAGUCGUGGACAUGUAUGGUGAUGUGUUCUUUUAUAUGCCAAUGAUUAAGACAUUGGAUAUACAUUCCUUAAACAAUAAAGUCAGUCAAUCUUUCCAGUACCUGUUCAGUGAACCAAGUCCUGUCCCCAUAUCUGGAAAAGCACUGCCAACUUGGUUUCAUGGUUCCGAACACGGAGCAGAUUUAGUGUUCCUAUUCGGUAAAGAAGAGCUUCAGCAAUUGAACAUCAGCAUUUCCACGUCUACCAACAACUUUGUAAAACAGUUUAGAACCUACUGGGCUAACUUCGCCAAAUACGGAGACCCUAACACGGGAGAAGAGGAGAGUACAGUCUGGCCGGAGUAUGAUUCAGUAAACCGUACUUAUAUUGACCUGGCAGUAUCAUCCAUCACCCAACAGACCAACAUGUUCCGAGAUCGAGUGAAAUUCUGGGAGAAAGAUUUACCACUGAUAGCAAGCACUUACGUCACAGACGGAACUACAUCCCUAGCUACAGCCAAAUGGACUUUAAUCAUUAUGCUAAUUCUCCAGCUAUUAUUCCGUAGUCGUUGAAUGUCAAGUGGUAAAUUUAGCGUGACGGCUAUCAUAAUGUGUGAAAAAACCUAUUCUACUAUAAUCUGAAAUCGGAAGAUAGCUACAGUGUGUUUGUCGUAAUGUGUUAGAUGUGUGAUUGAUUUGUUUGUUUAAGGGUCAACAAAACACCUUGUGGGUAUUUGAAUGACUCAGGAUCAUGUUCAAAUUUAAUUUCAAAAUGUUGACAUUCAUUUAUUAUUGUGCAUUUCCAUAAUAUCCAUUUUCUAACUGUAACAGUUUUCCAAAACGCAAGAUAAAAUUCAUAUUGAAAUUAUCCUCAAACUAACCUGUCAAUAGUAGAGAAGGUCAAACUCAGUAAAUAAAGUAUUAUACAAUCAUUAUGAUCAUACACUGAUACUGAAUGAUGAUGGUGAUAAAUAUUAGUACUGAAGGUACAAGUAGGCAAAUAAUACAGUUCAGAGUUUGAUUAGGAAAUGCUACCUUACAGGACUUACAGGACCUACAGGACCUUGUGAAUAUAAUAUACCCUUUAUUUCGGACAAAGAACAUAUAUAAAUAUACAUUUUGUGAAAUGAAGCAUAUUACUUAUAAUACUUGCAAGAUCACACGUUUCUGAAUUUUGUCUUAUUUAUAUACCGAUGUAGACACCAACCAGAUACUAAUUAUAUAUAAUAAGCUAAAUUUGUGCCCUAAAUUUUGAAUAUUAACCAAAAGCCAAAACACAAAAAUCAUUUUAAAUGUCACAAUGUUUCGACAGAUCAUAGGAUAAAUACACCUACUCUCUGACACGAAUGAUAUAGGUACAUUUAAGCGCGAGUGUGUGAAUUUGUAUAUACACUUCUUUUGUGCAAUGCGGUUUUUUUUUAUACAAAUCCGUCAAGCACAUUAUAUAUGAAUUGUACAUUUCAUUAAAGAUCGUUAUUUAUGUUUGAUUACUUUGCAAUUGUAGUGUUUGCCACAAAUAUUAUCCUUUGUUUUUCAGUCAAUGUCUAAAAUUAAUGAAAUUUUUUCUUGUGUAAGUAAUUAUUUUUGUUUGUUCAUUGGUAGACGAGUACGAUGAUAAACAAGUCGCUAGCUUGAUAUAAAUUUUCGAUAGAUUGCACUAAUUUAUUAUUAUGUACUUUUUAAAACGCCACUUCAAUUUCUUUAUAUUAGAAUUUGUGCUCAAAUUACAAGUCAUUUGCUUGUCAUAUACAUGCGUUGAAUAAAAGGAGACUCGAUCACCCAGGGUUACCCCAUCCAUCGUACAUAUGAUUAUAUUAGUAUCAGAAUCGGUCCACUAUUGAAUAUGAUAUUUGAAUCGUAAUGAUAUAUCUUUAUCAUACAUUAAGUUUGGAUAAAGAAAUAUCAUACUCAUUGGAAACAGACAAUAACAUACUGAGCAAUGACCAGAAACGAUUUAGGUGUACAAAAUCAUCAUAAUGGGUCAAUGAAAUGUGAUGUUAUAAAUCCUGUGACAUUGUUCAUACAGUAAAUUAUUUAAGACAGUGAUGUACACCUCAAGUACUCAACCUCAUAACAUCCUUUACAAUGCCUUUAAAGUCUUAUGUGAGCUUAAGCUUUCCUUCGUCAUUUUCACGCUGUCUAUGCUAUGAAAUGUAAAAGUUUUACAAGUGCGAAACACGAUUGUAUUUUCCUACUAUAUAUGUGUAACAGAUGUAGUGUCCAAUGAGAACACUACACUUGUAUAAAAUUCAGAUGCAAAAUGUGAGGACAUUUGCAUCUGGAUGUUUUGACGCCAAACUAAAAUGAUGCCGAAAAUGUGUGUGAUUUCCUCUUCGCAUUAACAUGUACUUUUCUAUGAAAAUCUAUCGUUUCGUUUAUUAUCAAGUAGUAUAGGUUAAUAAAUUGUCGGCUACUCGGUAGAGAAGUGGUUUAUCAGAUCAACCUCAAUUUAAUCAAGUAUCGCUCCGUCUGUCUUUGAUGAAAAGUAUGUGUUAUAAUCCAGUGCGAAGACAACUUUCUGAUGUAUUUACGUAAAGAUAUAAAUCUUUCAUUGGAAUCUGUCAUUAGUGACAUUUCAUUAUUUAAACAGUAGUGAGCACUCGUAAAAUAUUUUUGAAGGUGUAAUGUAUUCAUGUUUCAACAAAAUCACACAUCUGAUGUAUUUUAUCUCUACUGAUGAAGUAUGCGCUGGGAGAACCCAGCUAUCUAUAAUAAGUAUAUCACGUCUAACCCAAUACCGCUAGGUGAGAUUGGUGAGGAAGCUGUGCCUCUCAUCUAUCUUCCCUCGCGUGUGUUUUUAUCUUAUUUCAUUUUCAUCUUGUUUUGUAAUCUUGUCGGUGUAUGCAUUUUAGGCCCAAGUCAAACAUUCGCUCGACUUAAUUAAGUAACUGUGAUAUUACUACACCCCUGGUCAUGUCUGUAUUGCUUCUUCACGUAUUGAUUUACACAAAAUCUAUAGCUCUACUGCCAGAGUUGGUACUUUAUCAGGAAACGCCAUCUAUGUAAGGGAUUACUCCUUGGUAUUCCAUAAUAUCAACUAGCCCGAAUUUUAGAUGGUGCGUGUACAUAGCACUCAAUAUUACAACUGUAAUAUUUAACAAUGACGAUAACGAUCAUAACAUUUACUAUAUUAAACUGAGCUUUGAAAAGUUAAAAUAAUAAUAAAAAAGAAAAGAUCCAGCAUUUAGAGAUGAAAAUAUAAAUAUCAUUGACCAUGCACAAGAGAAUCACUUGGCAAGACAAUAACAGCAAUGCAGCAGUGAUCUUGAUCAUGAAAACUAAACACCGACAAUAUUAGGUAUUUACACGUUUAUGUACAGAUCUUAAAACUUAUUAUCAACUCUACCACACAUGCAUCAUUCAACAGGAUAGUACACGUGAUGUUAAACCAUAGCAGUGUGCACGUGAUCAUAUAAUCUGGAAAUACAAAUAAUGGUACAACAUGGCAGUACGUGCGAUUGUUUUUACAAUAUAUUGCACGUAAUAAUACAAUACGACAAUACAAGUGAUCAGACAAUAUUAUAGUACACAUGAUCAGACUAUAUGACAAUACUCGUCAUGCUACAAUAUUAUAACAGUACACAUGAACUUUCAAUAUUGCAGCACAUAGGAUUUUACAAUAUGCCAAUACACAUGGUAUAUGUAUGUGAAUCCACCUAACGCCUCAAUUCUAGUGUAUAUAUGGUACAUGAACCAUGACAUAACAAACCGUCUGAGGACAUUCGUAUUUUCAAUCAGUGUGUUGCCUGGUGUUUGAUCGACAGUAAGCUAGUGGAAGUUUAUCUGCCUCCGUAGACACACGUGGUUACAUUUGCGUGUGCCUAUCUGCUCACUGACUUGCUCCCCUGAGACAUGAAAGGUAUCACACUGCUUAAGUGAUUUAACAACUCUCCUUUCAGCAUUAUGUACACGUAAAUAGGGAAGAAUAUUUCGGGUAUUUUCCGUUUACUUACAUCGUUAUACUUCCUUAUCAUCAAUCAAAAACUAAGAGGUGAAGAUAACUUUAAUUAAUCAGCAUGACGGAUAGAGAAUAAGUAUAUAAUUUUAAAUGUAAACAAGAAUUUUGACCCGGAGUCCUGUAUUCUUGGUUUGUUUGUACGUAGCUACUGACCGAUCACAAUACGUUCAUUUGCAUACGUUCUCUGUUAUCGCAACUUUCAAAGCUUACAUUAAUCAAUUUGAUAUAAAUAUCCGAAACAGUAAAAGCUUACUUACAAUUCUUGUGUUUUAUUUUGCAUUGAAACAUAUACUUGUAUAAAUCACCGAUUUCAAUGUAGAGAUGUACAAUCGAAAAUAUAUCAACAAAGGAAGCAUUCAACAUCUACUCGGAAUACCCUGUUCUUAUUUUGCCCUAGUUGCUUCAGUUUGAUGUUUCAAUUCUAAUUCUUUUAAAUGUCGAUAUUUUCGGUGUUGUUUUCGAACAGAAGUAAGUGGUGAUAAUGAAGGAUGUUUGUUUUAGUUAUGAAUAAUGCUAUUUUAUUACUGUGUGAUAAAUCGUGUUCAGGCAGGCUGUUAAUAAGGUCAAAGAUGAUCGUAAACUUCUUAUCAUAUAAAUAUAUAAAUAUAACAUUUGUGUAUGUUAUUAUUAAACGUGUCAAUGAU